UUUCAAUAAAUAGCGAUUUCCACCCUCAUACUCCACUAAUUAGAGUGGGUAUUUAAGCCUGUUCUUUCGCCACAUUUUACUUGCGUCGUAUAUUUUUCGUUUCAUCUAUGAUAGGAAAGCUCUCUCUUCUUGUCCUUUUUGGACUUUUGGCUGUUGGUGAAUCUUACAAUUACUUCAAUCUGGUGAGACAAUGGACCCCAAACAUGUGCUACAAAGCCAAGAAGUCUUGUAGGAACAUGCCUUCAUAUGUCAGUGAAUGGACAGUACACGGACUGUGGCCAUCAUACAAUGAAUAUGAUUGGCCAGAAGACUGCCAGAACCACUGUGUGCUCCGAUCCUCAGAAAUCUCUCACCUUGAAAGAGAGAUGAACCGUGAGUGGCCCACCUCCUACUCAAGUCAAAACUACGGUUUCUGGAGGCACGAAUACUGCAAGCACGGAACUUGUUGUACUGACAAGUUCAGAACUGCUGCGGACUACUUUAAAGGAGCCCUCAACCUUCACCAGAAGUAUGAUAUGGAUCGUGCCCUAAGAAAUGGUGGAAUAGUCCCCUCAACUGCUAAAGCAUACCGUGUGUCUGAUUUCGAUAGAGCACUCAAGACUGCUUUUGGUGUAAGCAAGGUUGGGUACUGGUGCAGGUUUGCUAAAGAUAACAAGGGAAUAUACAGACAGCUUCUCUGGCAGGUCAGCUUGUGUAUCAGCAAGAGUCUCAAUGUGGUGGAGUGCCCCGCUGAUGAUGAUGGUGCUUGUAACCGAAACAAACCUGUCCUUUACCUUCCUUAUAGUGUUUUAUAAUUGGUUCCUUUACCUUUUUAGAGAUAUUCAAACAUGUUGCUACCA